AUGGAACAACCCGUUGAUUAUGAGUGGUUACCUACUAAAUGUGCUAGUUGUAAGAAGUUGGGUCACACGGCUGCCUCUUGUAAGCAUGCCCCUGAUGUUGUUAAGAGGAUGAAAGAGCCACAGACCCAAUCUAGCAAAGAUCUAAUUACAGCAGGUGGCAUUGAUACUGCUAUUCCGGGAACUCCUUCAAUGUUUUGCAAGAACAACAGAAGAACAAGACUGAUCCAAACUUUCCAUAUGAUCUUAAUGGAAUUCUGCAAUAUACUGAGUUGGAACGUUAGGGGGAUGAAUAAAAAGAAUAGGCAGAUGGCAGUAUUGGAAGUCUGCAGGCUGAAUAAAAUAGGUAUUGGGGCUUUGAUUGAAACAAAAACCAAAGGGAACAAAAUAAAUGAUGUAAUGACUUCUACCUUUGUUGGUUGGAAUUUUUACAGCAGCUCUAUCUUGGAGGGUAGAAUUUUGCUAAUCUGGAAAGCUAAUCUGGUGAAGAUUGAUAUUCUUCAGGAGAGCGAUCAACUUUUACACAGUAGAGUUCGUUUGCUUGGUAGGAACCACGAUUUUUGUCUUUCUAUUGUCUAUGGCUCAAAUAAUUUAGAGACUAGGAAAUUGUUAUGGUCUGAUUUAUCCACUGUGCAGAGGCCUAUAAAGCCUUGGAUUCUUUUGGGAGAUUUUAAUGUUGUUUUUAAUAUGGAUGAUAGACUUGGUGGGAGACCUAUUUCUGUGAAGGAAAUGGAGGAUGCUCAUCAGUGGCUAGCUUUAGGGAUGGCUACCGAAAUGAAAACCUUGGGGCCAGCUUACACUUGGUCUAAUAAACAAGAUGGGGGAGCUCGAAUCUUCUCCAAGUUGGACAGAGUUUUUACUAAUGAGAAUUGGAGUGAUACCUUUCCUUUGGCUUCUGCUUUUUCUUAA